AGCAGACAAGAUGGAAUUAUCUGCAACUACCAGAAGAGAAGUUAUUACAGAGAUCCCUCAAUACAAAGUGACGAAAGAAAGACCAGUACCUAGCGACUUAGAAAACGUUCUAGGGAAUGCAG